AUGUCGAUGGAAGGGAACGCCGACCCAGCGCUGGCCGCUCGGCAGUACCUGGAGCAGUGCACGGACACGUCGACGGCCGCUGUUCCACGAGAGCGACCAACCAAGGCGCUACCUGUUCCGAGGCGUUGGCGAACUGGCGAAAGUGACGAGGCUGAACGUCUUCUCGCAGACGAGCUGCUUCUUCGAUCACUCAGCGCGCUGCCGCAGAACUAUGACUUUGAAAUCGCCAAAACGGUGGAACGCAUACGCCGCGAUCGGAUCCAAAGCGUGGCGCUGCAGCUGCCGGAAGGCCUCCAAGUCUAUGCAUGUACGCUUGCGGACAUUUUGCAGCGUCUAUGUCAAACGAAGGGCAGCCAUACCUGCCUGAAAGUCGUGAUUCUGGCAGAAGUCACGUAUGGAGCUUGUUGCGUGGACGACCUUGCAGCCCAACGAUGCGGUUGUGAACUCCUCAUACAUUACGGACAUAGUUGUCUGGUUCCGAUCCAGCAUGCCUGCGUGCGUACCAUGUAUAUAUUUGUUCGCGUGUCCUUCGAAACGGAGCACUUGAUCCAAUGUAUUAUGAAAGAGUUCGAAGAGCGCUCUGAAAGGAUCCGUUUGUACCUCGUGAGCACGAUUCAGUUUCAGGGCCUGUUGGGGACUGUUGCGAAGGCGCUGCGCGAACGGGGGCGUUUUUCGGAGAUUUUUAUACCACAAGCGCGUCCGCUGUCUCGAGGCGAGCUGCUCGGCUGUACAGCACCGAUGGUAUCAACCGAGCACGAGGCACAAGAGACGGUACCCUCGAUUGGAGACUCGUGGGCAGUCCUGUACAUAGGAGACGGUCGCUUUCAUUUAGAGUCUGUGAUGAUUCAAAAUGCCCAUGUGGAAGCAUUCUACCGCUAUGAUCCCUACGGGAAAACCUUGACAAGGGAAUUCUACGAUCAUGACUCGAUGGUGCGGGAGCGAUGGGAGGCGAUCGAAGCAGCUCGUCGGCCCAAUGUUCGUCUCUGGGGGGUUAUUUUGGGUACUCUUGGGCGGCAGGGGAACCUGAACAUCCUCCGUCGAAUUCUAGGCAUGCUUCGGGAAGAUUGUAAGCAGUACGUUGCGAUCCUUUGCAAUGAGGUGACACCGGAGAAGCUGCGCUUGCUCAGCGGCAGCGGCAUCGACGUUUGGGUGCAGGUGGCAUGUCCGCGGCUCAGUAUCGACUGGGGUCGAAACCUGGCGCCGGACGGUGCCCCCGUUCUGACACCAUACGAGGCCAUGGUGGCCCUGGGUCGGGUUCCAUGGCGAGGACGGCGGUAUCCCAUGGACUAUUACGCUGGCAGCGGAGGCCCCUGGUCGAACUAUUACCGUGAUGGGUCAUAG